UCACAGGCAGAGGGAAUGGAGUGGGGACUCAGGGGACCUCAGCCCUCACAGUCCACACCUGGGGUAUGUGGGCUGAUGGUCACCCCUUUAACACAGCUCCCUCCUUCUCCCUCAGGAGCGUACAGCGCACCCUCCCUCUCAGCUCACCCAGGCCCUGUGGUGGCAUCAGGAGGGAACGUGUUCCUCUCCUGUAGCUCAGAGUCCACACUGGACAUUUUCCAUCUGCUGAAGGAGGGAGGAGCUGACCCACCCAGACGCAUGGAAUUGAGGACCUAUCGUGGGAGGUGGCAGGCUGUCUUCCCUGUGGGCCCUGUGAACACCUCCCAUGGGGGGACCUACAGAUGCUAUGGUUCUCACAGCUCCUACCCGUAUGUGUGGUCACUCCCCAGCAACCCUCUGCAUCUCGAAGUCACAGGCGUGUACAGGGAGCCCUCCCUCUUGGCCCAGCCAAGAUCACUAGUGCUCUCUGGAGACAACCUGACCCUCCAGUGUCGCUCAGAGGCCGGCUUUGACAGAUUCGCUCUGAGCAAGGACGAGGGGUUCACACAUGCCCAGCGUCUUCAUGGGCAGCACAGCCCCGCCUUCCCCCUGGGCCCUGUGAACCACACCCACGGGGGCCAGUACAGAUGCUACAGUGGACACAACCUUUCCUAUGCAUGGUCGGCCCCCAGUGCCGCCCUGGACAUCCUGAUAGCGGGAAUGUACGAGAAACCCUCCCUCUCAGCCCAGCCGGGGCCCUCAGUGUCCUGGGGAGAGAACGUGACCCUGCAGUGUCGCUCUGAGAUCUGGCUGGAUACCUUCCUUCUGUCCAAGGAGGGGUCACCUGCUCCUCCCCAGCACCUUCGUCUGCAGAAGAGGGCUGCACCCUUUCAGGCCAACUUCACCAUCAGUCCUGUGACCUCAGACCACGAGGGGACCUACAGGUGCUACAGUUUAGACAGCACCUCCCCCUACCUGUUGUCACUCCCCAGUGACCCCCUGGAGCUCCAGGUCUCACGAGGCACUGAGGAUGGACUCUCCUCCACGGAGUCAGGCCCACCACAGUGGGGUAAGUGCGUGUCUCUGUGGGGAGGUGGUGGGUGAGAGGAGCUCAGGUCUGGUCUUGGCUCAGCCACUUCCUGAGAUAGCGACCUGUGAAAAGUUCACCUUCUCA